AUGGCGCUGCUGACUCCUCUAUUCGCUUUCCUCUAUCAUUUACCGCAGGUUUAUAAGUGGCUCCUGAAGCCGUAUUACGUAGCGUCCCUGUUCAUGUCGGUAGCUUUCCUGCUCGUGCGCAAGACCCCCGGAAUCUGCGAACAUCUUUCGACGCAGAGAGAGGACGGGAACCCCUGCGACUUCGACUGGAGGGAAGUGGAGAUACUGAUGUUUCUGAGCGCUAUAGUCAUGAUGAAGAAUAGAAGAGCGAUAACGGUUGAACAGCAUGUGGGGAACAUCAUUCUCUUCUGCAAAGUGGCCAAUGUGAUUCUGUUCUUCAGACUGGAUAUUCGCAUGGGGCUGCUUUAUCUGACCCUGUGCAUUGUGUUCCUGAUGACCUGCAAGCCUCCCCUCUACAUGGGCCCAGAGUACAUCAAGUACUUCAGCGAUAAGACCAUAGACGAAGAGCUGGAGAGAGACAGUCGUGUGACUUGGAUUGUGGAGUUCUUCGCUAACUGGUCUCCAGAGUGCCAGUCCUUCGCUUCAGUCUAUGCCGAUUUGUCCCUGAAGUACAACUGCGCUGGGCUGAAAUUUGGUAAAGUGGACAUUGGACGCUAUGGUGAAGUGUCUAAAAAGUACAAGGUUAGCACAUCUCCUCUCUCCAAGCAGCUGCCGUCUUUGGUGCUGUUUCAGGGAGGUAAAGAAGUCACGAGGCGCCCCCAAGUGGACAAGAAAGGGAGAGCAGUGUCUUGGAGCUUCACUGAGGAGAACAUCAUCAGAGAGUUUAACCUAAAUGAGUUGUAUCAGAAGUCGAAGAAGCUCAAUAAGACCAAAGGAGAGAAGAGUGAGAAGGUGAAUGAAUUGCACUUCCCUCCUGUGCCUGAGGAGGAGGAGGAGCCAGAGUCACAGGAGGUUGAGAAAGAGACCAAGAAGGACAAGUAAAAUGUUCUCCCUGGUGGGCACUGUGACUUCGCUGUGGAGCUGAUUGAUGUGCAGUGCAGAAAGUUCCAUGGCAACAAACAAACGCUUGAGAUUUUCAAUAACAUAAUCAAAUUAACUACAAAAUCAGCCAAGCUUACCUUAGUUUAAACUGAAAAAAAAAACACCCACUACUGCUGUUUAAAAGCUCAGAGC